CGAGCCGACCUCAUCCACUUGUCAACUAUCAUGUCACUACAGUCACUUGUUGAUACCAGUUGGAAGAGCGUCGCAGGGAGAUGACUUGUGUUAUGUAGGUCAUCUGGGUGUGGAUACUGUACACUCUUUCCACAAUGAAAAACUUUUUUGAUCGUCUGACAAGACGAAAAUUUGUUACUUUUGAAAAUACAGAACUACCUCGAGUUUUGACUACGAUUGAUCUCACGUUUUUGGGUGUUGGCUCGACUAUUGGUGUUGGCAUCUAUGUUCUUGCUGGUCAAGUUGCCAAACAGACAGCAGGACCAGCAGUCAUAAUAUCAUUCCUCAUUGCUGCCAUCGCCUCAGUUUUUGCUGGUCUGUGUUAUGCGGAGUUUGGAGCCCGUGUGCCUAAGGCCGGUUCUGCGUAUGUCUACAGCUAUGUGUGUGUGGGAGAAUUUGUUGCCUUUGUAAUUGGGUGGAAUUUGAUUUUGGAAUAUGUAAUUGGAACAGCAAGUGUUGCCACUGGCUUCAGUGGUUAUGUUAAUGAACUUACUGGCAAAGUAAUGUCCAAGGCAUUAACUGAGGCAAUGCCCAUCAACAUUCCCUUUCUCUCCGAAUAUCCAGACUUCUUGGCUUUUGGCCUUUCAUUUGUACUUUCAAUUGCUUUAUCUCUUGGAGUAAAGAACUCCUCACAAAUGAACAACGUGUUUACCUCCAUCAAUUUGCUGGCGAUAAUUUAUUUUGUCAUAGCUGCUGGAACACAAGCAAAUUUAAAAAACUGGCAACUGAGCGGCAGUGAUCUGAAUAUAACUUGUUCAGAAGAUACCGAGUCCAAUGAGGAAAAGUGGGGAAGUGGGGGUUUUGCUCCCUUUGGCUUCAGUGGCAUCAUGCAGGGAGCAGCCACAUGCUUCUUUGGCUUUGUUGGCUUUGACUGCAUUGCUACAGCUGGUGAAGAAGCAUUGAACCCACAACGCAGUAUUCCUACAUCUAUUGCCCUCUCUCUUACGUUAAUUUUUGUGGCAUACUUUUGUGUGUCUUCAGUCCUCACACUUGCCCUCGCUUACUGCAUAGAGGACCCAGACGCUCCAAUAGUGCAACUUUUUGUCCGCCUCGGGUGGGAUGUCUCCAAAUGGAUUGUUAGCAUUGGUGCUUUGUUUGGAUUUUCUGCAAGUUUGUUUGGGGCAAUGUUUCCCCUUCCCCGAGUGAUUUAUGCCAUGGCAAAUGAUGGAUUGGUUUUCCGCUUCUUAGCCAAAAUCGACACGCGCUUUCAAACACCUCUCAUAGCAACUAUACUGUCUGGCCUCUUCUCUGGUGUCAUGGCAAUGAUGUUUGAGUUGGAGGAACUAGUAAACAUGAUGAGCAUUGGAACUCUUCUUGCCUACAGUAUAGUAGCUGUGUGCGUCAUGCUGCUCAGAUACACAGAUAUUGAUAUGAGCACUGGCAAGUCUGAGUACACCCUGCUCAAGAACACGUAUGCUGAGGAUGAAGAUACAGAUGCACAAAGCUUCACUGAACUUGGACAUCAUACAGAUAUCCCGGUACAUUCAACCCAUACAGUGAUGGACUAUGUAAAUCAGUUGUUUAACCAGAAGUGUUUAAAGAACCCAACUGACCUCACAUCUUCACUAGUCACCUAUGCAACUAUAGUAUAUUGUGUACUCGCCUUAAUCCUCGCUCUGUUGCUGAGACUGUUACAGAAGCAACUUAAUGAUGUUAACGGGUUGGCUAUAGCUGGUGUUGUCAUAGUUGCCAUCCUCUGUCUCAUCAAUAUCAUCGUACUUGCCCGUCAACCAGAAUCUAAAAAGGCGUUGUUUUUCAAGGUGCCAUUUGUGCCUUGGACCCCUGCCCUCAGUGCCUUCUUUAACCUGUACCUAAUGUGUAACCUGCCAUAUCAAACCUGGGAACGAUUUCUGAUUUGGAUGGUCAUUGGCUUUGUUAUCUACUUUGGCUAUGGGUUGAGGAACAGUUCAGAGGAACUUUCACCAAGUCAUCCUAGAUAUGGGUUAAACAAUCCAGGUUUCAUUGGAGAUGGCUUAAAGAAUCCAAAUCGGCUUGUAAUUCCCACUAUUCAGAUACAGCCGGCCACACCCAUGAACUCUGAACCUAACACUCCUAAAGCAGUGCCCAAAACCAAACAGAAGAGUACUGCAUUACCACAGUCUCCUCUUGUUACUGUAAAGGUUCAGGAUGUGCUGCCUGCAGGUACUAGUGCUUCUAAGAAUGACAGUCUUUGUGACCCUGAAAUUCAGAAUGCCUUGGCUUCUCUUGAUAAAAUGGUUAAUGAGCCUGCAAGAGGGAAAAAAGAACGACUUGAGAGUGAGACUUGUGCAACAUAUCUUGAGAAAAAUGAUAAUAGCCCGGAAGAAGUUACUGACGGCAAUAGGUUGUCCGACGAUGAAAUUAGCCCGGAAGAAGUUACUGACUGCAAUAAGUUGUCCGACGAUGAAAUUAGCCCGGAAGAAGUUACUGACUGCAAUAAGUUGUCCGGUGAUGAAAUUCAGGGCAGAAAGUUGCCGUCUCUACCAGGGGAAAUAUCUUCUGUAAGCAACAGUGAAGUUGAAAACGAUUCUUCAGGAAGAAAUGAAGAACCUAAAUUUAUUGAGAAAGAAAAAAGUAGUUCAGAAUAUGAAUCUAUUGAAAUUUAUUUUAAGGAAAAUGAAGACAAAUUAUGUGACAUGGAAGAUGAUCAAACUGAUCCUGGAUAUGCAGCUCUCAAGGAUGUUAAGGCUCAGCUUUUGGACACAGAAAAGACCACUGGGGAAGUUAAGGCAGAGGUUGAGGAUAAAGAACAAACUUUGUCAACAGAGAAUUUGCAGAAAGAGGGAAAACCUGAAUCACCAGAUCAGUUUAAGAAAGACACAGAACCUCUUUAUGCCAAGGUUGAUAAAAAAAUGAAGAAAAAAGUUGAUCCUCUAGAAAAUGAAUUAGAAAAUAAUAAUAUAUUAGUUAGAAAUAAAACUGAAGAUGGUCCAGCUUUAAAAGGCUCCCACUCUGUACCACUCCUGCCAUCCUUCCACAGUAGUGUACCAAGUUCACCUGUGUCACAAAGACACCCAUUUAAAAAAUUAAAGCGAAAUUCUAGCUUUGAUGGCAUACCACCAUCAUCUCCAGACAGUCCUUUUGCUCGUCGUUUAGGUAACAAGUUUGUCAUUAUUCCAGUUAAGGAGCCAGGCAGUAGCUCUGAUAAUGACAGCAGCAAUCAGGUAUCACCUCUUGUGAGUCCUCUGGGUGACAAGAAAGACCCAUUUCUAGAGCAGACAGAUGCACAAAAAACGCUGAUGAAUGAGAUAAAUUCUAAAUUAAAAGGUUAUUCUGAAAUGGCUGCAAGUGAAGACCAGAAAGAAGAGAAUAAUGAACGCAAAAUGUUCACUGUGGGAAGUGAUGAUUCCCUGGAAAGUGUCUUGUCCGGAGCAAGUUUUGGCAGCUUUAUAGAUGACCUCCCUAGUCCUACCAUAACAAGUCCGACUAGGGAAUUUAAGAAAGUAUUCAGCAAAGGAUCUUUAUUGUCUGAGGGGCUUGACACUAUAAGGGAACGGGGGGAAAGUAAAAUAUUUUCUGGUGAUGAAGAGAAAAUAGAGAUCAAAGAUUCAAUCUCUGAAAAAUCUGUUGAAACAAACUCAGUUGCUGAAAAUUUAUUGGGAAAAAAUUAGGUUGAUAACAAAUUGGAUAACUCAACAGAGGAUGUACAGAUUCAUACUGAAGAAAAUAGAGAUUUGGUGGUAAGUGAACCGGUAUCAUCCAUAACUGAAGAAAAGCCAAAAGAACAAAAUGAACUUUCUGAGAAUGAGAAAACAACUGAAAGGAUAGACCCUGUGAGCAUGCCUGUGGAUGAUGCUCAUAAAGGAGAUAAAGACGAAAAAUUACAAGAUAAUGAAACUGGAGGUAUUCAUAGAGUGUUUCCUCUACUAAUACGGUAGUUUUAAAAAACUAAAGGCAAUGUUUGAUAAUUAGUGGAAAAUUUCAAACAAGAUUUGUUUAUAAUAAAUUAGACAGUCUUUGACAAAUAGGGAAUUAUUUUAUACAGAGGUUUAGAUAAACUUGGGUUAAUGAUUGCCAGGUAGUAUGCAAUCUGUUAAAAUAAUUUAACAAAUGUUGAUAGACACAAUAGCCUUAAUUGGCAAUUAUUAGGAAUUAUGUAAUGAAAGCUUUAAUAAGCUAAUAAAGGUGUUUGGUAAGGGUGCAGAGGCCUGGUGUAUACAGUACAGUUCUUUGCCUCCUCUCCUGAGUGUCAUUGAUUUGCACUUGAGGAAACCCAAAUUUACCCCAACUGUGAAAGGGUAAAUAACCUUACAGUUAGGUAAGUGAAAGUAGUCAAGUACAUUGCCAGCCUCACUGUCUCUCUGUACCUAAAACAGGCUUAAUCUGUAGUGUGCUGUAACUGUACUACCCCUAAGGAACUCUUUCUUACAAUUGCUGUUUUGUAGCUACAGUACUAAGAAUCAUUUAACAAAAAAAAAAGAUCAAAUUAAUGGCAGUACAGUGG